AUGUCCCUCGCAGCGCACGCGCAAGACCUCUCCGCCUCGCUGGCAAAGGCAGGCCUCGUGCCUGGCUCGGCGCCGCUUAUCCCUGAUACCUUCACGCCCAGCACGCAAGUGACAGUCGCUUUUGGAGAGAAGGUUGUGCAGUUAGGGAACUUAUUUCGCGCCAGUGAGUGUAAGACGGCGCCGAGCGUGGAGUUUACGUCUGAGCAGGACGUGGACUCUUCGAAACGAUAUACGCUUCUCCUCGUUGACCCUGACGCGCCGACACCUGACGAGCCGAAGUUCGCGUACUGGAGACACUGGGUCGUCUCGGGGUUGGCGCCUUCUGGGGAAUCAGACUCGAAGAAGGUUCUGACAGAGUAUUUGGGUCCCGGGCCGAAGGAUGAGUCUAAACCCCAUCGGUAUCUGUAUCUUCUAUUCAGAGAGCCCGAGGGAUUCAAUCUGAACAAGGAAGAUGUCGGGGGUGAGGAAUUCGUCGAGAGGCGUUCAUUCAAGGCGGCGGAGUGGGUCGAUAAGCAUGGAUUGGUGCUUGUGGGUGUGAACUGGAUGCUGGGGGCUGGGGAUGGCUGGACUGCUUAG